UUUUUCCCGUUUAUAAAGACCUCUGUAAGAUAGAGAGAGAAAAAUAGCAUCAAUAAAUGCUCCACUGACUCGCCCCUAACCGGAAAAUUUAUUUCCUCUACUUUUUCCGACUUAGAGUAUUUCUCAGUAACUCAUUAAUAACCCUUACCUCACUCACAUUGUGUGUUUCUUCUUUCAUUCUCAGUUAAACUUGUUACUUCAAAUUCCCUUUUUCUUUAGCCAAAAAUUCAACUCACAGUCAGCUAUUUCUUCCAGUCAUUCAUACCCAUUUUGGGGUUGCUAAUGGGAUUAUGAAAAACGCAUUUCUUUGUGAAAUGAGGAAGGUUUUUGGUACAGUAAUAUUAUUGUGUGUUUUAUUUCCCAUUUUUGUUAAAGCAUUGAACUUAUCUUUCAAUGAUGAUAUACUGGGGUUAAUGGUAUUUAAGGCUGAUGUUAAAGAUCCACAAGGAAAGUUAGCAUCUUGGAAUGAAGAAGAUGAUAGUCCCUGUUAUUGGAAUGGAAUUAAAUGUAACCCAAGAUCUAAUAGAGUGUCUCAAAUUGUUCUUGAUGGAUUUGGUCUUUCAGGUAAGAUUAGUAGAGGUCUUAUAAGGUUACAGUUUCUUCGUAAGCUUUCGCUUGCCAAGAACAACUUUACAGGUAGUAUAAGUGUGAGUAUUGUUGGUCUUGCUAAUCUGAGGGUACUUGACUUGAGUGAGAAUAACUUAUUUGGGACGAUACCAGGUGAUUUGUUUGAACAAUGUGGGGGUUUAAGAUCAAUUUCCUUGGCCAAGAACAAGUUUUCGGGGGGAAUUCCUGAAAGUUUGACGUUAUGUGUGGCUUUGGGGUCUUUAAACUUGUCGUCGAAUCAGUUUUCGGGGUUGUUGCCUUCUGGAAUUUGGUCUUUGAAUGGGUUAAGGUCACUUGAUCUGUCAGAUAAUUUGCUGGAUGGUGAAAUUCCAGCAGGCAUUGAAGGUAUGUAUAAUUUGAGAGGUAUAAAUGUGAGUAAAAAUCAUUUUAAAGGUGAGGUUCCAGAUGGAAUUGGAAGUUGUUUGCUUUUGAGGUCAAUUGAUUUGAGUGAGAAUUCUCUCUCUGGAGAACUACCAAAAACAAUGCAUAUGCUUAGUUUGUGUAAUGAAUUGGUAUUGAAACACAAUGAAUUUUUUGGUGCUAUACCAGAAUGGAUUGGAGAAAUGAAAAGCCUUGAGAUUCUUGAUCUUUCUGUGAACAAUUUCUCUGGUCAGUUCCCGUCUUCUGUUGGGAAGCUUCAAUCACUCAAAUUACUGAACGUUUCGCGAAAUGCUAUUUCUGGGAAUUUGCCCAAGCACAUGAACAGUUGUGUUAAUCUUAUGACAUUGGAUGUUAGUCACAACUCUUUGACCGGUGAUCUUCCUCAUUGGGUAUUCAAAUUAGGAUUGAGACAACUUUUGUUUUCUGAGAAUAAAUUAAGUGGGGGAUUGAAGAAUGCUUUUGCUUCUUCACUGGACAAUUCACGUCAAAAGCUUCUAGCUCUCGAUAUCUCUAGCAAUGAGUUAGCUGGUGAAAUUCCAUUUGCUAUUGGUGAUUUUAACAGCUUGCUGUCCUUGAAUUUAUCUAGAAAUUCACUUGUAGGCACCAUUCCUAAGACUGUUGGUCAGCUGAAGUCACUGGAUGUUCUUGACUUAAGCGAGAAUCAGUUAAAUGGUAGUAUCCCUGUGGAGCUUGGAGGAGCCUAUUCUCUCAGGGAACUGAAGUUGGAGACGAACGCAUUGACAGGAGAAAUUCCUACUUCUAUUGGAAACUGUUCUACACUCUUGUCCUUGUCUCUAUCACAUAAUGGUUUAACUGGCCCUGUACCUGCAACCCUAGCUAAACUAACUAACCUACAAAAUGUUGACCUGUCCUUUAACAAAUUAACCGGAAUCUUACCAAAGCAGUUGGUAAAUCUUGGUCACCUCGAGUCGUUCAACAUCUCACACAACCAGCUAAAGGGAGAACUGCCUUCUGGUGGUUUUUUCAACACUAUUUCUCCUUAUUCAGUGUCAGCCAAUCCGUCUCUUUGUGGGGCUGCUGCUAAUAGGUCUUGUCUAACUGUCCUUCCCAAGCCGAUUGUUCUGAAUCCCAACUCCACAGAUUCUAUUCCUGGUACUACUGUCCCUGCGAGUUUGGGCCACGAGAAGAAAAUCCUAAGCAUCUCUGCCCUUAUUGCCAUUGGUGCAGCUGCUGUUAUUGUUGUUGGUGUUAUUGCCAUUACUGUGCUAAAUCUUCGCGUACGGUCUGCAACAUCUCGCCCUGCUGCCCCCGUUACGUUUUCUGGUGGGGAUGACUUUAGCCCUUCACACAGUUCAGAUGCAAAUUCCGGUAAGCUUGUCAUGUUUUCAGGCGAAUUUGACUUCAGCACAGGGUCACAUGCUCUACUUAACAAGGAUUGUGAGCUCGGACGUGGUGGUUUUGGAGCUGUUUAUCGCACUGUCCUCGCAGAUGGGGUGCCAGUUGCCAUUAAGAAGCUUACUGUCUCCGGUCUUGUUAAGUCUCAAGGAGACUUCGAAAAGGAGGUUAAGAAAUUGGGAAAAAUCCAUCACCCUAAUGUUGUGGCUCUUCAAGGUUAUUAUUGGACAGCAUCACUACAGCUACUUAUAUAUGAAUUCGUAACUGGUGGAAAUUUGUAUGAGCAUAUCCAUGAAGGUUCUAGUAAAAACUUGUUCUCAUGGAAUGAGCGGUUCAACGUGAUUCUUGGUACAGCAAAAGGCUUGGCUAACUUACAUCAGCUGAACAUAAUUCACUAUAACCUCAAAUCCAGCAAUAUCUUGAUCGAUAGCUCUGGUGAUCCUAAAGUUGCGGAUUAUGGGUUAGCGAGGUUGUUACCGAUGUUAGAUCGAUACGUUUUGAGUAGCAAAAUUCAAAGUGCUCUUGGUUACAUGGCACCUGAAUUCGCAUGCAAGACUGUGAAGAUAACUGAGAAGUGCGAUGUGUAUGGAUUUGGAGUUCUUGUUCUGGAGAUAGUCGCUGGAAAGAAGCCCGUUGAAUACAUGGAGGACGACGUUAUGGUAUUGUGUGACGUAGUAAGGGGCGCAUUGGAAGAAGGAAAGGUGGAAGAAUGUGUUGACAGGAGGCUGCAUGGAAAAUUUCCUGCCGAGGAAGCGAUUCCUGUGAUGAAGUUAGGUUUAAUCUGCACAUCACAAGUUCCUUCUAACAGGCCUGAUAUGGCAGAAGUGGUUAACAUGUUGGAGAUGAUCAGAUGUCCAUUAGACUGAUAGAGAUUUUAACAUAUGCUUUGUCAAUGCCUAAUUCCGGCGAAGAAGAAUCCGCUUGAUCAAUUCUCAGAGAGAAGUCAGAAUUUAUUGUUGGAAAAAUUAUUGUGGCCAUUUAACUUCUAAUAUUUUUUUUUGUAAUUGCUUCUCUGUUAUUCUGGGUUACCGGAUUCCUUUUCACCGGGUUUCAACUUUCAAUAUGUGAAAAUCUCACUUAUCCUUGAUCUUGGCAGUUUUUCCUAUAACAGUUGGUUCUAAGUAUUAACAUUUAAUUCCAGCAACCUCUUCUGUUUGUUUAAA